AAACACGUAAAAUAAACGUGAAACGAAGAACAAUACAAAACGUUAACGUAAAAUACGACAGAAAUGUGUGUUGUGGUAAAGUUAUGCAGAUAGUGGUCGAUUUGGGGCACUGAAAUUCAAAUCCAAAAGGUUCGUGCAUGAAGAACGCGUUUGAGAAGCAAGAUGAAUGACACAAACAACAAUACUGCUGAUUUGCCAAAUUCAGCUACUGCUGAUUUGCCAAAUUCAGCUACUGCUGAUUUGCCAAAUUCAGCUACUGUUGAUUUGCCAAAUUCAGCUACUGCUGAUUUGCCAAAUUCAGCUACUGCUGAUUUGCCAAAUUCAGCAGCAGAUGAGAAGGUAGCAGAGGAAAGCACGAGGGUACCAGUAGCUAUUCCUAGGCUUUCAGACUUAUGCGUAAAAGAAAUAGCAAAAAAUUUCCAGUUUAUGCCAAUUUUGGACAAAAUACCUAAAAAUUAUGUUGAACCACUACUAGAACUCCUGGAAACAGAUUUACCAUUGACCUUAACUGUUCCUUUACUAGAAGAGAGUAUUUUCUGGAAGCGGGCAUGCGAAGAAAGAUGGUCGACGAUGAAUUAUGUGGCUGACUAUGGCAGCUCCUGGAAAAGAAUUUACUUGGAACGACAUCUUCAAGAGUUUCUCGAAAAUUUGGAUCCUGACGAGUACUCUGAAGACCAGAUGAUGUCUGUGGUACGACUAUGUGCGCCAUUCAUUCUUCGUCUAAGGCUGUGCCAGUUAGUUCAUUCCAGGAAAAUGGUACCUAGAAGGUUCGGAGGCAAACCUGAAGAAGGAGACCCUCUCUCUCACGACCAUAUUAACCUCAAAAGCUGUUUGUCUGGUUUGCCUAAAUUAGAAGAGUUGGAUGUCGUUUUUGGCAUGCGGAAAUUGGGUCUUGAACUAAAAACAGAAUAUUUUAUGUUUUCGAAACAAGAUUGUAACAAUAUCGGAUUGGGAAUGACUCAGCUAGAAUCUAUCAAGGAAGUGCAUAUUCAUAGAAGUCUUUUAGAUAAUGGCCACCUAGCAAGUUUAGUCCAAUACAUAAUUUUUGUCAAAACCCUAGAACACGUCGAUUUUUCUAACUGCCUUAUUUCCGACGAUGGUGGGAUGAUAAUCGGACAACUCUUGCGUGUACAUGAAAAUUUGAAGAAGAUUGUUCUGACAAAUAACAAAAUUGGCAUGGACGGUUCUCACUUCCUAGCAUGUGCACUGACAGAGACACGAUGUAAACUUAAAUUACUCGACUUCCGGCUCAAUCCAAUAGGUGAUGCAGGAGUAGCAUAUCUAUGCUCUGCUCUUGCAGUCAGUGAGGUCCCGGAGGAGCUCAAUAUUUCAGGUUGUGGCAUUGCAGAGAAAGGCGCUAAAAAGGUCUCUAGAAUGCUGAUGUAUAACAAAUGCUUGAAAGUUUUAAAUUUAAGCAAUAACUCCAUCGGGGAACAAGGGGUGGAAGCUGUUCUCUUAGCACUUUCCCGCAACAUUUCUCUAGUUCAAUUGGAUAUGAGAAUGACUGGCUUAUCGGGCGAUCAAGAACUAAGACUGUCUGAGUUUUUAAAAAGAAAUCAAGGCAAGCUUGAAAUUAGUGACUCAUUUUAAGCAACAAUAUCAUUUGAUAAACAAAAUAAAUAUUUUAAAUUUUUUAUUAGUGAAUUUGGUGUAUGCUCAAAAUAGUGAAUACUGUAUAGUUUGGCCCAAGGGCGUAGUCAGGUAGAGGCAGGGCGGUGCGGCAAGAAUUUGUUACACAGCAACUGUUUCAAAAAUUUCAAUAAUCGUAUGACUGUGGUAUCUGUAUCUAUGAUUCGCUCGCUAAGCACUACAUGGUCAAAAAUAUGAACUGCAUAUUGCACUGGAAGAAAAAUGCUCUGAAAGAGAUAUUUCAAACUUUUUGAUCAUGCCCUACUGAUAUGUAUUCCAUUUCUCUACUUUCUUUCCUUCCUGCUUACUUCCUAUGCUCGUCUCCUCAUACACAUAUACAUACUUACGACCCUCCGUAAUUUACUGCCCUUCUGGUUUACUACAGCAGUUUGGAUGUAUAUAAUUUUUGAUCUCUACAAAUGGUAUCAGCUAUUUAAACAUGUUAACUAUUUUUUUAUAAUAAAUAAGUUACAUUCCAUGACAAAAACUGCUGAAUAAAAUAUAUAUUUUCAAAAA